CUGAUUUAGUCUUCUGUGUUUGUCAGAAAGGACUGGGACAUAGCACAAAGCUGCAUUAAAAGAAGUGCAUUUAAAAACCUCAUCUACUUCCACACCAUGGCUUAUAUAAUCAAUCAGCCGGAACCUACACCUAUGAUCAUCGAACAACCACCUCCACAUAUGAUCAUCGAACAACCACCUCCACAUAUGAUCAUCGAACAACCUCCUCCACCUAUGAUCAUCGAACAACCACCUCCACCUAUGAUCAUCGAACAACCUCCUCCACCUAUGAUCAUCGAACAACCUCCUCCACAUAUGAUCAUCGAACAACCUCCUCCACCUAUGAUCAUUGAACAACCUCCUCCACAUAUGAUCAUUGAACAACCUCCUCCACCUAUGAUCAUCGAACAACCUCCCCCUCCUGUAUACGUCCAGGCUUCACCUCCACCUUUGAUCAUUGAGUCCCCUGGUCCUGUAGUGAUGGAGCCUCCUUUGAAAGACGUACCAGCAUCAAAGAAGUGUAUUUACUGCCAGAGGCAGGUUGUCACAGUUACUCGACCUGUCAAUGGACUCCUUACCUGGGCGAUUUUUGGGGGACUCUUUAUCUUAUGUAUGUGGCCAUGCUGCUUGAUUCCUUUCUGCGUGCACUCCUGCAAGGACGUCGAACACUCCUGUCCAAACUGCAAAAACAUCCUCCAUGUCUACAAACGAAUGUGAGAUGUUUCACGCAGGAGAAGCUGGAGAACAUCAAACUCAGCCUAAAGCCUGUAGAAAAAUGAAUUAUUUAGUUUUUAUAACAAAUAAGAAUAUGCAAUGUAAAUAAUAUUCUCUUAAAAAUAGAAUUUAAAUACAAUUUUGAAUUUUGACAGAGACAAUUUUGUCUCUGUUUAUAGAGCGAAUUAAAUAAUUGUAAAAUUUGUAAUAAUUGUAAUAAGUCCUCACAAGUAGGAGAAUUAAAUUCAAUUCAAUUGUGA